AAGGGGGGUGAGAGUUCCAUAUCGAGGUGAGAAUUUGCAACCAUCUCAGAUCCACGCCAUCAGUAUCUCAGCCACAUUCCAUUCCUGCAAAUUCCCAUAGCAAAGAAGGGAACCUCGCCACAAUGGUGGCUUCCAACCAGACAUUUGAGACUUACAUUAUGGAAGACUUCAUUGGCCUUCACAUCCUGGGACAUUUACAGUACCCCUCCACAACGCCACACUAUUUCUAUACAAGGCUGCCCAGCUACCUUCAAUCUGUUCUGCUGACCAGUCGGCAACUUACCAUUGACCUCAUAUGUCUCAACAUGACUCCACCACCGCCUUCUACAAUCAUGAAUCCGGACGAUCACUUCCCAAAGCAUCAACGACGAAGCGUAUCACACGCUCCAUCCAUCAGCCUCUUCACUGACCUUCCAGCCUCGCCCCUCGUUCUGCCAAAACUCGUAUUACAAGCAGCAGCAAAUACAGACUGACUGCCGAAGAGGGUGUUGCACUGAUCGAGAUGAGGGUGUACUGCAUUGGAGCUUGGACUCCCCACACUUUUAUCGAGGUGUGUGUCCUAUU